AUGCUUAUCAACCCCCUGACAGAUUUUUCCCUGGAAUGGCACAGGGAUGAUGUAAAGGCAGAAGCCUCUGCUGAAGAAGAACUUGAAAAGUUGAAGAUCCCAGAUGGCGGUACUCAGUUUAAUCUCGCUUUGUGUGAAGAUUCUUGUCUUAUAGUAGUGCCUAAGACCCACAAGAGAGCUCGAAAUGAUGAAGAACGACGGAUAACAACUACCGACGAAAGGAAAGGGGUGAUUGAAGGGGAGCUACUUGUAGAAUUGGGCCCGGGAGACUGCGUGUUCUACAAUAACAACAUCCUACACCGAGCCACAUACAAUUCCAAAAUCAAGAGAAUCACCCUUCAUGGGUCUUAUGGCCAUGCUAUCAAUGGCAAGGCAAGGGCACAGAAUAUCCUUCAAUUUGGACAGGCCGAAUGGCUUCCCAGAUUUCAACCCAAAGAUCCCAAUCUUCAAUCACUUCGGUCUCACUUACAGGUCUUGAUUGAUGAAAAUAAAGGCAAAGACCUUAAGUAUUCUUUAGACGGUUGA